UCCCUGGAUACGCUCCAUAAGCCGCUGUCUGCUUUUUAAUGUAUCUGGCCAGGGGGUACGGGGUACGGUGUGUGUGCGCCUGCUAUAACUUGUGGGUCCUUAAGGUGGGUUUGUGAAGAAGCCAUGCAGCCCCCGUUGUCACACGGACGGAGGAUAUGGAGGCAGAAACACAAGCUACAGAGGAUUUGACCACAGCAGGUUCAUCAAGAUCCUGAGGCCUGUCUGAGCUCAGGAAUGGCCAUCAAGGAACUAAAGCUGAUGCUGGUCCUGUGUUUCCAUGCAGUCACAGGAAUGUCUGGAUGGGGCGGAUGUUUGGACGGUCAGGAUGUGUACGCCAGCAUCAGAGAAAACAGCCUCUGUGGAGAAGUGGUGGCUGACCUCAUGGCCGACACCCCAGUGGAGGGGGUUCAAUGGAGUCUGCAAGGGAAAGAUGCUGAUUGGUUCUUGUUAGAUGGAGGAACCAUACGUUUGAACACAUCACCAGAGAAGGUCCUCGACCGAGAGGUACAGGGUCCCGUCCUGAUCACAGAACUGUGGUGCUAUGUGGAUGAUGUGCUUCAGAGUGUCUCCAGAAUCAUGGUGGAGGUUCUCAAUGAGAACGACAACUCACCUGAGUUUGUAGACAAUGUAGUCCUCUCUGUUCUUAUCAGUGAGCUCACUCCAGUGAAUACACUUGCAUUUACAGUCCGGGCAAGUGAUGACGAUAACGACAAGAUCUUUUAUUCUAUUGACCCAUCAUCGCCUGAUGCCAGUUACUUUAGAAUUGAUCUUCCAAACAGCGGUGAGGUGAUGCUUGCCAAAUCCCUCGACUAUGAAACCAAAACUGAGCUUUUUCUCACCGUUCAUGCCUCCGAAAUGGACACAGCCGAGCACUUCAACACCAGCAUCAACGUCACAAUCAGCAUCCAGGAUGGAGACGACCAGUAUCCUCAGUUUAUGCCCUGCACGCUGCUGUUUCAGGAUGACACCAAUCGAAUUUGCACCAGUCCUGUAUACACUGUCAAUGUCACGGAGGGACAAGAGGACUUUGUACUGGAUUUCGCUCCCGGUCCCAUUCAUGCAGUGGAUGGAGACCGAGGACUCAGAGCCCCAGUCAGCUACGUCAUCCUCUCAGGAGAUGACCACGGACGUUUCCUGAUGGACAGAAAGACAGGAGAGGUGAGAUUCACUCGGGCGGUGAAGGACAGAUUGGCGACACCGGCGCUUCAUCUUCAAGUCAUGGCUUUCCAGGACGAUGACCCCAGGAAGUAUUCAGUUGCCACGGUGAUGGUCCGUGUGGUCGCAGUGAACCGGUUUAAUCCGGUGUUCGACAUGGCCGAGUACUACGGCUUUGUUACAGCCGGUAAGAGUCCUGCCUCUCUGGUUUAUACCUAUGGCAACAGGGCGUUGAUGCUACACGUGCAGGACCAGGACUUUAAACAUGGAUUUAAUCCGAUGAUCUACUUCACGUUCAGCCCAACAUCUAAUCACACAGACAUCUACAGGGUCACACAGGAGGGGCUUCUCAUCGCCACGGCAAAUCAGCUCAAACCACACCAAAAACACACGCUCCAGGUAAUGGCGAGAGACCAGGAGUCAGGUGACACCACCAUCUCGACUGUGGUAGUGGAGGUGCUCUCUGUUGGGCAAAUAAUUCCUCCCAGCGCGCUGGCAGACGACCGUGGUAUCGGCUGCACUCUGGGAAAAGCCCUGUUUCUUAGCACAGCCUUUCUGAGCGUUGUGGGCUGUAUUGCGAUUUUGGUCAUGUGGAUGAAGAGGAAACAUAAGGGGCAGCUGGACCCCCUGGAGAGAGGCUGUGUGGCCCAGGGCAAACACCCCAAUGUGAGCCUUCGAUGGUUCCAAUUGGUGAAUCAGAGCAGUGGCACAUCCCAGGUGGAGAUGACCUUCAGCAAUGAAGACUAUGGAAGGUGCAAUCCUUCUUUCAGCUUCUCAGGCAAUGACCCUUCAUGUCGUCAAGGGCCAAUGCAGUCAAAUAACAUGUCAGAUCCACUUGACGCCAGUUUGAGCUUGGCUGAAGCUAUGUGUGGCAGCACCAUGACCUUCAACAACAACAUCCCCACACCCACAAGAAGCCUCUCUUGCUUGUCUACCUUCCGCCCAACCUCCGUGGACGUGACUUCCCCAAACGAUACGGGAGAGAGCUCAGUGAUGCCUCCAUUGGACGCAGGCUCUGGUCCUGCCGCCUAUGACGACAGCGCCACUCCACCUUGCACAUGUCUCGACUCAGGAGGAAACACUAGCGAUGACCCUGCUGAUCCCCAAUCUAGCACCUCCCCCUUGUCAUCUCCAGCUAGUGUUCCACGCAGUCACGCCCGAAUCGCUUCAGCAGAGAUAGACAAACCUUACACCGUGUCAACCACAAACCCUCCGCACCCCCCUUUACCGUCCUCGCCUCGCGCUAAACAGACAAGCACACCUCCAUCCACACCGGAGCAGGCACCUUUGAAGGUAACGUUGGUCCUCGUCGACACAUCACCGGAACCAUCUGAGCGGAGAUGGAGCGCAGAGGAAGACCAGCCCUGCACAUCCCUGGACCAACCCCAUCAGCCAGAACACAAUGAGGAGGAGGACAAUGGAAUUCUGGGUGAUGAAGAUGCUGACAAGAACAGUGAAAGUGAUUUAGAUACGGAUGAAGAGGAGCUGCUGAAAGUGAUGGCUCAAUGUAACCCCACCUUUCUCACCUUCACUCAGUGACGUCAUGACCAAAUGUAGGUCAGAUACAGGAAGUAGAUACUGAGCAAGUGAGGAACACCUGAAUGUGACAACAGCACACAUGAAGACGUCCAAACAUACAACGUCCUACAUAUUGCCUUGGAUCGUGUCCAGAAAGUCAAUAAUGUGUGAAACACAAAACACGCUUAUAGCUUCACAAUUAUAGUUUCACAUGCAGAAAAUAUGUAUGAAUUAUGAAUGGGGGAUAAAUGAACAUGGCUACUUUUACCUUCACGUGAAAACACAAGAGUGAUGGUGGUUGAGCUUUGACACAUUGUCUCCUUUGGUCUUCAAUGAAUGUGUAUUCAUCCCUUUCAUUUGUCAUUUAUAUGCAUUUUGAAUUGUUUUAUGAAUAUAAAACUAUUAUUGUCAACCGCUGAUGACAUCAGAUGAUGCUAACAAGGAAGGAUGUUUUGCACGGUGGAUAGUGUAUUCGCAACAUGAAAUGGUGAUGGUAAUUUUCGACGUAAACUGAAAAGGACACUAACCGAGGUUCUACUGUAAUAUGAUUACUCUAGUUGCAAAUGAGGGGCUUUGAACACUUUAAAGGGCACGUAUUAUGCUAAUGUUUUCAUUGUGGUCUCCUAUAGAGAAGCUACACACAAUAACCCGCACAGAAAACUUUUUAGAUUUGGCAGACUUUGCACCUAUUCCAGCUGUAUUUCCUUUGAUUUGUGCUUCCUGUCUGUUUUAAUAUAUUCCACCCACAGACCGCCUCUUGGCAUGCCCACUCCACUGUGAUUGGCCACAAGCCCAAAGUGCUUCCUAACUAUGAACCAUAUAAGGAAGUCCACCCAUCUGUGACAUCACAAAGGAACGGUGUUACCACGCCUUUUCAAACUAAGCGUUUUGAGCCGUCCCAAACUUAUUUUAGGGCUCACUUCUAAAUGCGAAAACCUCAUUGCCUGAAACUUUGGCAUCGUUUAACACAACAAUACAAUAUUUCAAACUAUAUUUAUAGGUCAGAAAAGUGGAAAAAGCAUAAUAGGUCCCCUUUAAAAGUAAUCUGGAAGAAUGUAUUAGCUUGUCAAGAAUUCAAACUUUACAAUUAAAGACACUUUUCUAACUUUUU